UACAAGAUAAUUUGCUGGGGCAGGGUCGUAACAAGGUCUUCCUUUUCAUCUUUGCCGACUAAAGAAUGUUGCCCUGGACUUAAUCUUUGGUAUUAAAGCCAGACGCAUUGGCGGUACAUAAAAAUUAAGUGACGGUGAAAUUGAGGGCAAUCAUAUCCACCUUGAACCUGAUGUUUGGUCAUACGUAUGUUAAUCAAGUAGGACACAACUUGCCAAUUAUACCGAGGCAUCGUUCAAAGCUGGCGCAGAAACAGCGCAAACAGUUAGCUACGACAGAAGUAAAGUGCCUAUUUGCAGCAACGUUUUCUUCUACUGUCAUAAUGAUUCCUAUUUCUGCUAUUGUACCUGCAUUUAUAUUGACAAUGGACACUCGAGAACUGCCCUUGUCAAAUUUGGCAGCAACUAUUGAGAAGAGAAAUUUGACAGAAAAUUGGACAUGUAAAUCUACAGGCAAACAAAAAAACAUUUAUCUCUUAAAAUUGUAUUAAAGUGAAAAUCAUAUCAGUACUGCAAUAACCUACCAAAAAGUGUAUUGUUGUAAAUUUUCCCUAGGAGGAUACGUUAUACGUACAUAAAAUCCAACGUCAGAAUUACAUAGCAGUUGAAUGUUCCUGCAUAUAAGAUUCAUGCCUUUCUAAACAUAUUUUUGAUCGUUGCUCUGUCUAAAAAAAUGAAGGGGAUUAGUUUUCCUAUGUCCCCCGCGCCUCCACCACUCUCGUCCGUGUCGCAUAGAUGGUUGCAUAGUAACCUAAAGCUGUGAUUGUUUACUCGACCCAGAUCCACUAGAAACGCAAUCAAUAAUUAAAAUGGCGGUUGACUUGAAAUGGCCGAGUAAUAUCGACGUACCAAAGAUUUCCCAGAAAAGAUAACGAGACUAGGAAACAAAUUUGGCACAUCUACUUUGAUUCAAAGAAUGUCUACGCAAACUAUAACUUCAAAUGGUAAUAAAGACAGUCCAAAAUUGACUGCCAGAAAACACUGGGGCACCAUCCGCAGGAUUGCUACAAGGGAAGAGGAUGAGGAAGAUGCAACCCAGAUUUUAACAGGGAAAUCAAUCACCCAUGGUAUCUACAAAACAGCUACACUGGUGUCUCAAACUGGAAUUGCUUCUGUUACACACAAUUUGCAUUCUGGCCAGUAUCUUAUCCUUUUUGAAGACGGAAAUGUUGAGGUUUUUCUUAAAGAUGGAAGCAGAGAAAAAGUUCAGCCCCAAGAGCUAUUCAAUGGAAUUAUUUAUGCUUCAAAAGCAAAAUUAUAUGUCACAUGGAAUGAUAAAAAUCUAAUGCAGCUCUUAACACAAAAAUUUGACUUGAUAAGCAGUGCUCCAUCAUCAGGAAAUAUCAAUUGCACUAUAUACAAUGAAUUCAAAAAUGAAGUUAUAUCUGCAAGCAGUGGAUCAGUUACUGUUUGGUCUUUUCGAAUGAACAACACUUUGCUUGUACCGAAGUUGACAAUAACGGAUAAACUCGAUAAGAAUGAUGAAGUAACAAUUGUUGUCGCUGAGCCAACAUCUAGCAAAGGCCAAAGGCUGUUUGUUGCAAUAAAAAAUGGUCUAAAGGUAUUCAGACUGAGUGAUGGUCAUUGCAUUGCACAGAUGCCUGACUUGCACAAAAGAGCCAUAACAGAUAUGCUUUUCUACCAACCGUUGCAAGUCAUCAUGACAGCUGCAGCCGAUGGCUCAAUAAAGUUGUGGGACAACUCUUGUAACCUUCGCUCCGUAUUCAUUGGGCACACAAAUGCUGUCACAUGCCUGUCAUCAUUCCAGAAAGGUCCUCUUGUAUUGUCUGGGUCGAGAGACGGGUCUUUGAGACUAUGGAAUGUUGACACAAACGAAGAGGUGGAGUGUGUUGAAGCAGAGCAACCUAUCAACGGAAUGUGCCGAAGAUUCGGAGAGGAGGACUUUUUCACUUUUACAAGCAGUUCUCUAGUGUUUUGGAAAAUCAACAACGUUUAUAAAAUAUUCACUGUUAUUGGAAGCAAGGCAAAAAUUAUGAAAACUACAACUCAUCCCGGGGUUCCGCCCUUAAGCUAUUACAUAUGCGAAGAUGCUUGUGUACGAAUGACCUGUCCAAAAAAUGGCAAUGUCAUCACAACAAUGUUAUCACCGCAAUCAAAGCGAAUAAUAGACGCAGUGUAUGCAGUAGCUGAAGGAGUGUUACUUGUGUUACUGCGGGAUGGAAUGAUAAUGAAAUGUUCAGCGAAGACUAACCCAUGUACCAUAGAAGAGGGCUGGAACACUGACAAAAAUGGAGCUGGAAGUAAAUGUACUGCAUUUUGUCUGUUUGAGCACGUCCUUCAGGAAAAGUUGGUUGGAGAUAGGUGGAAAGAUCUAGUCACACAAAAGCAAUUUGAAAAUGCAAGCCAAGCUGUUGAAUCAGCUUCGAAUGAAAAAAUUAACAAAGAAAGGGACAGAACGCUGUUAAUAGGUGGCUGUGAAAAUGGAAAGCUUGUUGUAUUGAACUGGACUGGUCUGAGAAACAAAGGAAAAGUGUCCUUCUCCAUCGAGGCACACAGAGGAAGCAUCGUGUCCUUAGCAAGCAAUACUACAAUGAAUCAAAUUGCCUCGUGUAGUAGCGAUAAAACCAUUCGCAUUUGGCGCGUUUUCCCAUUUGCGGAAGAUGCCCUUGCUCCGAUGAUGUUUAUUUUGAACAACGAGCCUGCGACUCAUUUGGUCUACAGCAAACACAGACUGUGUGUUGUACUUCAGGAUCCGUCAACUGCCACUUUCAACGUCACUAUGUUUAAAACAACAGACACCGAACCAGUGAGAAUAGAACACGGUGCUGACGAUGAUCAUUUGGAUACGAUAACGGCCCUGUGUUGUUGUUCCAAGCUAAACAUCUUUGCGUCUGCUAGUGCAGAUGGAACCAUACGGAUAUGGGAUGAACAAAACAGGAACGUGAGGAUUAUAAAACUACACAUCAAGCCAUCCAGCUUAUGCUUUUGUAGUCAAAGAGGGGAUUUAUUGGUUGGAAUCGGAGAGCAUGUUUCAAGGAUCCCCUACAAAAGAUACCUGCCAGAAAAGCUGAUACGCCGUAUGGUUGCUGUAAGAUUCAACGAUUCCCGAGGCAUCAAAUCCAUUGAAAUUGAUAAAAGCGUUCUUGAAAAGCUGGACGUUGACCAGAAGCAUCGACUGUUGAAAGCUCGAAGCUCAGAUUCUCUUCUAGCUAAAUUUGUUGACAUUAUCCCAUUUGAUGAGCUGGAAGAGAGGAAGCUGGAAGAGAAAGAGAGAAAUAUGGCUGUUUCUAUUCUGAAAAAACGCGAUGAUGAUUUGACAAAGCUGCGUGAUGGUGAGAUUGCUGCAAGAAAGAAACCAGCUCCUUCCGAGACGGUACGUGAAGAGGCGUGGAGGAAGUAUCUUGAUAUUUUUUACAACAGAAGCUCUGUCCCUGUUAUUGAUAAUAAUCUAAUGGACGAUGAGGAUGAAGAACAGUACACUCCUUAUGAGGCGCGUGAUUCAUACAAGCCGGAUCGUAACAACACCGGAUUUUUUUCAAUCUCCACGGAGCCAUCUGAUAUCAAGAAAAUGGCAACAAAAUUGAAGGAGCUCGAUACAGAAAAGAAAGAGACAAACAAUUGUAAGACGGAAAAUGAAAGGUCUUUAUCUUGGAGCUCUGAGUUUGGAUCAAGGAAUAGAGAGAUGACAAGACCGUUGAGUGUCGGUCUGAGACCAGAUAUACACGAGAGAUCCCAGCUGGUGUUGCUUCGAAGGAUUUUGUCAGCUCCGCCUAAGUUUAAAUCCUUUAAAAAUCUGACUGAUAUUAAAAAAGGCUCUGAUGCUGUUGAAGUUGGCACUAGGAUCAUUGAAGUGCCCCUGGCGCCAGACUUUCCAUCGAAUUUUGAAACACUGAGGAAUCUGAACAGAAGCAUAACAGAUCGGCAAAAAACAUUCAAUGAAAACAGAAAGGCACGAGGAAUGCUUCCAGUUGCUCCUGAUGGGUAUUUGCCAAAUUCAAUAAUUGUUGCUUUGUACAAAGAGUUGAAAAAAGAAGAGAAGGUUGAGGAGAAAGAGUGGAAGCCUAAACAGCUGACAGAGAAGCAGCUUGAAGAAUUAGAAACAUUCAAGAAAAGGAAGAAAAAGUUCACUGUGGAAGAAAAACCCGACGAAGAGCCUGUAAAAGUCAACGAAGUAAGGUCGUCUAUUUUCGAACAAUUCAAAUUGCUGUCAGAAUCGCCGUCAUCAGAAAAAGAAUUAGAUCUAGAAACCCCACCCCCGACACCCCCAAAAUCGCCCACCCCAGAACCAACGCCCGAGCCUCCAGCUCAAGAGCAACCCAAAGUCGUGAAACCGCUGAAACCAAUCGAGAAGCUCGUGUCAAGACCGGUUGUUAAAAGAACGCCGACACCUCCACGUGAACCAAGCCCUCCGCCACCCCCUCGACCUGUGACUCCCCUUCCUGGAUUCAUUGUUCAGUUCAAAGGCCAAGAGUGGUUUGAAAAGCUAUUUCCAAAUGCAACGCCGGAGCUGUUUCCAAAACCUUGGACUAUUGUUGGAUUCGUACAGUUGUUACUUGACUGCCUGAAAAAGGAGCAAAACUUUGAUAUCAAGACACAAAUAUGUGCAGCAAUCCUGAUACUUCACAGGCAACACCCUUUCAAUACUGAAACAGUCAAUUUGGUACAGAAUGCUCUUAUAGUACAGUUGAACAUUCCCCUUGAACCUUCAACUGAUGACUCUGAAAGCAAAAAUCGUUUUAUCAAGCUUUCGCUCACAACCCUUGCUUCGUUAUCGAUACACGACGUGCAGUUUAUAUUAGAGCUGAUGGCUCAGUACAUCACUGCAGAUUUUGAAACAAGGCAUCAUGCCAUACAGAUUUUCCAUGAAAUUGGACUUCAGGACCCCCACAGCUAUUUCACAAGGGAGCUUGAAACCUUCACCACCUACGGAAUCUUUGAUAAAGUCCACAAGAAGCAAGCAAUAAAGGAUCAAUGCAAAGAUUGGUUAGAAAAAUGGAUGCAGUUAUUCAGUGAACAUAUUGCUUCCCUUGCCGGCAAAAUCUACCGAGCAAAGAAGGGUAAUGUUGUCAGGGGCACAAAAAACCCGAAAACAAAUACGAAAGGCAUUCUAAAGAAGAACAAAAAGGAAUCGGCUUAUGAUUCAAGUGGAAGAAAGAUCACUUUCAUGCCGAAUGACUUCAUAAGUGAUGCUGCAAAGAACGUGAUGCCAAUUGAUGCUAUCAAUUAUUUCUGUGAAAUGGAAUAUCAAAAUGAACUCGAAAGAGCACGAAAUGCUACUGCUGCCCCUAGUGAAGAAACGACAAAAUCUGAUCGCUUGAGAAACACAGUCGUUAUUCUUCCAAAGAUUGAUGGGUAUCGAAGCCUUGCACGUCUUGGCGAAACACAUCAAAGCUGCUGCCAUCCUGAGAGAGAAACAGCAUUGGCAUAUGAUGGUCGACUACCACCCAUUCACCAGUCAAAGCAGGACAACUUUAACCAAGGCCUGCUUCUUCGUCUAAGUACUCUAACGCUUAACCCGUUUCCCAAUUUACUGGAUGAGCUUCUCUAUGAACCAUUUGCUAACAGCAAUCUCAUAACACUAAGAUCAGCACCAAAAUAUUUCAUUCCAUCGCAUACAUACGCCGGAAACAUGUAAAAUUAAAGAAUGUUACUCUAUAGCUCCUGUAUAUAAGUAAAGCUUCAGCUAAUCAUAUGUUUAAUUCACAACAGUGAAAUAGUGAAGAAGAACAACAGUGUUAAUAGUAACAUAUUUUGUAUCCUUGAACAUACCUUACAUUUUUUAUGGAAAACAUAUGUAAAAUGUAGAAUCUGAUCCUUGGACAAAUAUUUUUCAUGCGAACCUAGGUUUUCAAUACCAAUUUCUGUAUAUAUAUGGUUGCUAUGAAUUUUUGUAUCAUCUAAUGAAUAUCCAUUAUUGCAAUUUUGUAAAAAGUUUUUUAAAUGUGUUUUAGGAGCUCUAAUUCCAUCUACCAGGUUUCAGUUUCGUCUUUGAUACAUAAUGUUAUAGUAAAAUUGAUCAACAGCUCGAUGCUCUAAAUUUGAAAGAUCAACUUCUUUUUACAUUGUACAAUGUAGCUGUAUUAAAUGUGUUAAAGAGGAUGUUAAAUGUCUUUAAUACACAAUCCUUGUGUAUUAAAGAGGAUAAAAUGCAAUAUGGAGGGCCUUGUUGUUUAUG